UGUAAAUAUACAGCAGAAAAUAUGAUCAUCUGAUGAUUACAGCAAGUUGACUGACUCCGCUGUGUGAAUUUAAAAGACUUGCAACCACAUCCUCAUAUUGCUUGGUGUUGACUGAAGGAUAAAGGAUAACUAAAGAGGGAACCAAGAAAUCAAGGUCCUCCCCGGUCUGUUAGUAAUCCUCAUCUGACAAAGGGCCUGUGCAGGGGAAGAGGAUUGGGGGGUGGCACUCAGCAGCCUGCUCCCGUCCCGGUCACAUCACACCUCUGCAGGAGCAGCGAGGGACCUGCAGAUACGCCGAGAGAGUCAGGGAGAAAAGAAGAGAAACAGGGUGAAGAAGGAAAAGAAAGAGGAGAAAAAAAGAGGAGAGCACGGACACUGGAUCCCACAACAGCAGCAGCCACGGCAGUGCCAGACACACCAGCGACGCUUUCAAACUUCAGAGAAAACUUUUUUUUUCUCUCUCUCUCUCUCUCUUUCCUUUUUUCCUGCCAUCUGCCUGCAGUGAAGCGUGAGCCGCAGAAGAGGAGCCAGGGACGCACUGUGAGGCUCUGUGAGGACAAGGACCACAUCGAGGACGAGGGCUCUGGUGUGUUUUUCAGAAACUGGACUUGGGUAAAACACACCUGGCACCAUGAGUGCAGAGGUACAGGACUACUACAGUUAUGACUAUGGGAACGCCAUGCCCACCAAGCCCCCCAAAGAAAUAAUCCCUCCCUGUGAUCCCACAGCGGACGACAGGCUCUACCACAUAUGCAUUGCAGCAGUGUCCCUGGUGAUCAUGCUGGUGCUGGCGGUGCUGGCCAGGAGGAAGAAGGUGAACGAUAACCUGAGGGGAUUCUCAGGACUGCUCAGCCCAGUAAACUUCCUGGACCACACUCAGCACAAGGGCCUGGCGGUGGCGGUGUAUGGGGUGCUCUUCUGCAAGCUCUUCGGCCUGGGCAUCUCCCCCAGUCCCCUGCCCUUCGUUAAGGACUCGGCCCACAGACAGUACUGGAUAAUUCUUGCCCUGGUCUACUACCCAGCCCUCUACUACCCGCUGUUGGCCUGUGGCACACUGCACAGCCAGGUGGGCUACGUCCUGGGCAGCCUGUUGUCCUGGUCACACUUCAGCGUCCUCGUCUGGCAGAAGGUGGACUGCCCAAGAACACCAGAGAUUUAUAAGUACUACGCCCUUUUUACCAGCCUGCCCCAGAUCGCUUGUCUGGCCUUCCUUAGUUUCCAGUAUCCACUGCUUCUCUUCAAAGGCCUGAAGGGCUCAGACAAGCACGAUACCCAUGAGGACCUGAGGAGCAGCUACUACAGGGAUUACGUGAAAAAGAUCUUGAAGAAGAAGAAGCCAUCCAAAUCAAGCUCCAGUGCCUCAAAACCCAAUUUGUUUGAAAGGAUCUCUGAUGCUAUUAAGUCCUACAUCUACACACCAGAAGAUGCUUUCAGGUUUCCAUUAAAACUUGCCAUUUCUGUUGUGGUGGCUUUCAUUUCCCUUUAUCAGAUGGCUGUGCUGCUGGUCAGUUGUGUAGUGCCCACCCUGCAGAUCGUACGUAGUGGCGUAGACGAGGACAUCGCCUUCCUCCUGGCCGGCUUCAACAUCAUCCUGUCGGAGGACCGCCAGGAGGUGGUCAAGAUAGUCAUCUACUACAUGUGGUGUGUGGAAGGUGAGGACAACCUGCAGGGCUUGUAUAGAGGGGACAUCUACAACGUGUUCAACUGCCAGAGGAGCAUCAGGCCAUCUCGGCCGGCGCUGGUCUGCUGGAUGGGCUUCACCAGCUACCAGGCUGCGGUCAUCUGCCUCAGCAUGACCAUCCAAACGCUGGUGUUUUUCAUCUGCCUGCUGUUUGCUGUGUUCCUGGUCAUCAUCCCAGUUCUUUAUGGCCAGAACCUCUUCCUCUUCCACAUCAUAUCAAACAUGUGGCCCUUCUGGCUAAUGCUGAUCCUGGCUGUGUUUGUUCAGCACCUGGCUACCAGGUUCCUGUUCAUUAAAAAGGUUUCCGGAGCACGAGACCUCCACAACAGGGGUAGUCUGUUCCUGAUGACCUACCUGCUCUUCCCCGUCAAUGUCCUGCUGGGUGUGCUCUUGGGCAUCUGGAGGGUGGUCAUCACGGCCCUCUUCAACAUCAUCCACUUAGGCAGGAUGGACAUCAGCCUCCUCAACCGCAACGUGGAGGCUUUCGACCCAAGUUACCGCUGCUAUGCCCAUUACCUGAAGAUUGAGGUGAGCCAAUCUCACCCGGUCAUGAAGGCCUUCUGCGGCAUGCUCUUGCACAUCUGCAGCCAGGACGGUGUGCCACGGACCAGGGAUGCUGAGGAAGGCAUCCAGCUGGUGCAGCAGGAGAAGAAGCAGAAGAAAGUGUCGAGUGCGAAGCGCGCCCGGGGCCACUGGCAGCUGCUCUACACGCUGGUCAACAACCCAUCGCUGGUGGGCUCGCGCAAGCACUUCCAGCGCCAGACCUCCGAGGGCUUCUUUAACGGUACGCUCUGCCGCACCGGCAAGGACGGCAGCAUCCUCAAGGAGCCCAGCAAGGAGGCGGAGAGCGCCGGCUCCAAGUGAGCUGGACCCAGCCAGUGACCCCCGACUGCCCAGCCCAGUCCAGCCUGACACUGCACUCCAAGCCACCGGGCCUCUUAGUCUCUCACACACAUGCGCGUGGGCCUGCUGUGGACUCCCCUCUUGGCCAUAUUAAAGAUGCUAGCAUUAUCUGUCUGCUGCUGCUGCUGUAGAACUGACAGCGUUGGGUGAGCUCAAGUGAGUGCGCUCACGUAGCGCAGCGCUUCAGGACAAACUCAGUUCAGUCUCAUGGGGUGGGGUGGGGUGUGGGAGUUCAAUCCAGCUAUUUAACAGCUAUGUCCGUGAGACAUUUAGCCGCUAAAUGCCUUGAUUUGACAGUCUCUCUAAAAUGCAGGCAGUGAUUUGGUUAUCUAUAUGAGUGAGCGCACAGCAUGCAUGUAUGCAUGGGUGGGUGAAUGACCUGUAUGGGCUGUGUGUGUGUGUGUGUGUGUGUGUGUUUGAGACUGUUAUGUUCAGAAAUACACAACUCGACUAUCAGCAAAUUGGCAUGGCACUGACAUUGUCUCUAACCAUUUCUGUAAGGUUAGAAUAUUUAUGAAUGUACAAAGUGUUCUAUUUUGAAGAUUUAGCUAAUGUUAAUUUGAAGUGCCUAUAAUUUCACACACAAAUUGGUGAAAUGGUCACCAGUUGUGAAAAGAAUAAUAAUAUAGUUAAGUAUGGACAGAUCCAACUAUUUAUAUACUAGAUAGCUUGACCUGUCUGUUUUGUUUGUCAUCUAUUAUUUGUCUUGUGCAACCGUUUUUCUCAUCUCUUACUGUGAAAUUUCAUUUCAACACUGGACACUCUGCUCUCAUCUCUCCUUUGUUCCUCUAUUUACAUAUCAGCUUCUUCUCUAUGUUGCUGCUCUUUAUGUGUCAGAACCAUGUCUCACGUUGCUUUUGAGGAAAUCUAGUGAAUUUUAUUUGUGAUUAAAAGACAGAAGUGUGAACAAUA